GUCAUCGCUGCAGAAGCAACCGGCUCAUCUUCCAUCGUCCCUGUCUGCUAAUUUGCUCUUUAAAAAAAUAUUUCGUGGAGUUUUGCAGACAAGAGGCAAAAAGAUGGAUCCUCAAACAUUUAUGGAAGUUGCCACAGUGGUAACGAAACUGAAAAUGUACCCGUAUUUCGACAUUGCACAUUAUUUAUUGAUGUGCAUCUCUGUUCGAGAUGACAUGCCGCAAGCUCAGCCAAAUCAACAGCCUUUCUGGAGAAAACAUCCUCUAUCUACAUGGAUAUCCAGUAUGUUGAUAUGUUUUGCUGGUAGUUUAAUUGCUAAUCUAUUAUUAGGUGAACCAAUUAUAACACCAUUUAAAGAUCAUCGAAGUAUAUUAACAUUUACCAUUGUAUGGUAUUUAGUUUACUACUCGCCAUUUGAUCUAGUCUACAAGGUAACCAAGUUUUUACCAGUGAAGAUAGUAAUAUCAAUGUUAAAAGAGUGUCAGAGAGCGCAUAAAGUAUAUCAUGGCGUGUACCACACAGCUAAAAUCUACCCCAACUCUCUACUAGUUAUAGUUAUUAUUGGUACUGUUAAAGGGUCUGGAGGGGGAUUAAUGAAGAAUUUUGAACGAUUGAUUCGAGGUCUGUGGAUUCCAGGAACUAAUGAAAUUCUCCAACCAUCUUAUACAACAAAAGCAUCUUUCGUGGCAGCCACUGUUUUCUUGUUGGAAAGAUUAAACUACAUCACAGUACCACAUGCGGUUAUUUAUUUCGGUGUUGUUAUAUUCUUCGUCUAUUUUAAACUAUCAUCGAUACUCCUGGGAAUUAACGACCCCUUCUCGCCCUUCGAGAACCUCUUCUGUGCCCUGUUUAUGGGGGGAAUGUGGGACGCGAUGAGAAGGGCUGUUAGUAAGGAACCAAAGAAAGAGGAAGAAAACGACAUCCGUAAUGAUGUCAUCAAGAGCAAGGAAGAAAAGAAGAAGGACUAAUUCUUUUGAAGACGGAAGAAAUUUUGAUCAAAUGAAUGACAAUAUCGCGAAUGAGCAAAAUGAAGUCGGAUAAAAUGAGAAGUGGAAUCGUUUGAUGGUGCCAAAUUAAAUUUUGGAAUAAUUUAAUUAAUUUUUACACCUGUUUGUAUUUUAAAUGUUAAUGUUCGUGAUGAAAAACCUGUAAUUUUUGCUUGAAUGAUUAGAGCAAGAGCCUUACUAAUAAAAACCAAAAUAUUAAAGAUGCAUUAUGGGAGAUUAGAUAAAGAGCUGACAGUUCUCGCUAUAACAGUUAAAAACUAGAUAAUGUAAAGGUAAUUUGUUGAAAAUUUCAGUCAAAUUGGUCCACUAUGAACCGAGAUAUCAGCUUUGUAAAUUUCCGCCUAGCCUCGUUCAGCAUUACUAAAGUUAGUACGUUAAAAAGCAUAGUUUUGAUUAUCCAUUGUUUUGAUUUAAUUAUCAAUGAGCGUUUGCAGCAUAUAGGAUUCUAAUCCAUUCGAUAUCGAAGGCUAGCCUUGACAUCGAGAGUUGAUUAUGGUCUGGAAAAGUUAAUUAAUGUCUAAUUAAUAAUUUAGAUAAGAUUUCAGGCCUAAAGAAAGACCUGCGAUAGGCAGAUUUAGCUCUUGCAUAAUGCAUGUUUAAGAAUACUGUAUUUUUAUUGGCUGAGAGGCCUAUGAAAUAGCUGUAUUCGUAAGAUAUUUUAUUUUUAUUAUUAAGGAAUCUAAUCGUCUAUAGAAUUCUUCCAUUAAGUAAGCCUUAUUGAAAUUUGUUAUUUGUGUCGUAUGUACGAAUGAUUGAAUUGAAAAUGAAGGAUAAAUGUUUUUAUCUGAUUGUAAAUGAUUAUAUAAGUAGAGUUGAUUUUUUUUUUUUUUACAUUUUUGUCCUUUUGUAAUACUUACAUCAGCUUUCAAAUAUUGAGUUUAGCAAUUUAAUGUUUGUACCAUGAAAUGGGUUUGUAAGAAUUUUAGGAUUUCAUCGUUGUGGUCACUCGCAUACGUACAGUAUAUGUGUUAAGUUGUCGGAUAUGUCUACUAUAAUAUGGCACCCGUUUUUACUCUGACAAAAUAAGAAUGUCAGGCACCAUCGAACUAGUACCGACAUUUGGAAUUUGGUGCUGGACAUGUAUGAAUAAUAUUAAUAAAAAUACGAAAAAAAGACUGGCCUGGCACCAGAGCAGGAGUGUGUGUACCUGAUGUAUCCAGAAUUUGUGUCUUGACAAUGUCUUUGACCGGUGCCUUAUUUCCAGGCAAUGUACAUGUACAUACAUGUUGAUUUAGAAUAUGUAUUUAUCUAGUUUGAGAAUUUGCAUUGAGCACUUGAAAAAAGUGCGGGUUAGUGGUGGGCGUAAUGCUACAAUUAAAGAAAAAUGUUCUCGUUAGAGCAGGGGUUGCCAUCCUUUUUCAUCCUGUUUACCUGAGGCAAGUUUUUCAAAAAGUAAGGAACAGCAUCUUGUCGUUAGAAUGCGACUGAAUAACCGAGGUCAUGUGUACACGUUGGCAGUUGGAAUUUGAUUAAAGUAGAUUGAAAUGCCCUCUUGGUGAAAUUUCCAUUCAUAGCACUCUGUAUCCCAUCUUUAUUAACUCUUAAGGGGAUCACAUUGGCUAAGUGGGUAAGACGCUGGCUUGUUCGCCUGUAGGUCGGGUGUUUGAUCCCUGCAUUGGCUGAGAAUAUUUAUCCAGAUUUUCUGACAUGGUUCCCCCUUGUCAGUUAUGCAGGAUGGGAGGUUUGACAGAGACAGCUGUCUAGUCGUUCGGAUGGGACAAAAAACCGAGGUCCCGUGUAAACAUUGGCGUGCUCGUAAAAGAUCCAGUGUAAACAUUGGCGUGCUCGUAAAAGAUCCCUUGACAGUUGGAAUUCGAUACAAGAGUAGACCGUAGUGCCACUGUCCGGGCAAAAUUUCCCUCAUAGCACACUCACUGUAUGGCGUAUGCCUGUCUUCAUUAGCCCUAUUUCAUUACUUAUUAACUCUAUUGGUAACCCUUGCCUAAUAGAAAACAACUUUUAUUAAUUGUAGUCAUGUGUAAUAAUUGUUUUGAUGGAAGCAUUCCCUUUGGUCAGACUACCUUGGAUAUUGAUUCCAUAAGUGAGAUUAAUCCUAAAUUUUAUUUAUUAAAAGCUGGUUAACAUUUUUACGCAUAAGUUUGGUUUUGUAUUUAAGUCAAUAUUAAUGGAAUACGACUGUGGAAGCCUUACCCCAAUAAAUCUUAGAAUUCACUAUAGAGAUGUGGUUAGAGGUUCUAUUACUGUUGUUUCAUAUUGGAGGAAGGGGGCGUUGUCUAAAGCCUUGUUAAAAUAAUUAUCCAGCCCCUUUAAUGAAAUACACAGAAAGUAAUUCUAUGGAAUACAAGUACUUUUAUUACUGGGUGAUGUUUCUACUAGAUAAAAAAUCAUCACUCAGUAAAAAGUAGUAAUUGUAUUCCAUUGAAUUGUGUACUAUAUACUUCUGGUUCAAUAACUAAAUGUCAUUGAAACAAUUUAAAAUACAGAUGUGACGUCACCCUUUGAUGUUGGCCUACCAUUAUUUCAAAUAAUCGUACAGGAGAUUAGUAUAUUAUUUAUACUAGUGAAAUAUUGGACUCACGUGACGUAUUUCACUGUAAAACCAAGUGCGGAAUGUCUGUAUUUUAAGUCGUUUAAUGGUCUCGAUCUUAAGACAUUGCUUAAUAUAUUGUAAAAACACUCGGGCCUAAAAAAAUAAUGACUGUACCAGCUUGUCCAGCCUCUGCUACUAUUUAAGGGAGUGUUGCCAUUUCCUCUCUCAUUUCCUAAUUGACUAUAAUUAUGAAUUUGAUACAUCGCAUAAUGUGAAUCAUAGGAUAAAGGCAGCUUAAUGUGUGGAAUUAUUUACCAAUUUAUAAUAAUAUAUCCCCUCACUCCCUUUCACCCUCCCCCACAUUAUAUUAGUUCAAGUUUUUGAUAGUAGUUAUUUGUAGAACUGUUGUGUAUUUUAGUGUAAUGAUGGAUGCAUGGACCAUGUUUGUUGGGGUUUUUUUAUAUUGAGAAUAUUUUGAAAAUUGGUGUUUUGUGUUUAUGUUUUUUUAAUGUCUAAAUUUAAGAAUGGAUGAGUACUGAGGUUUCUUAUGGAUUUUGUUUAUUUGUUGUUGCUGACUAAAAACAGUAGGCUUUAGACCGGGAAAUAACAAAUUGAAUAACCUUCAUUCGGUGCGGGAUAAAAAAAACCUACAACUGAGUAUGACAUGAAUGAAAUUACUGUUAAAGAAAGCAAGCUGCAUAACAAACGAAAUAUUUACAGCUAAUCGGCGCAUUUAACGAACUGGCCCAAGUACUUUGUAAUCGGCUAUACUGUCACAUGGACAUCCCCAUUAAUUCAAAUCAAUUUGGCAAGUCGAUAAAAAAGCCUGAGGUAUAACAUGAAUCAUAUUCUUCAACUGUGAAUUAGAAAGUAAGCUGCAUAACAAACGGAAUCUAGAAAAUGAUCUUGUUUGUUGUUUUGUUUAUAGUGAACCCAUAUCAUUGUUUAUUAUUUGUUAUAUUGAUGUUUAUAGUCUAGUUAUCUCAUUUGUUUAUUGUUUCUUAUAUUAGGUGUUGUAUUUAUGAACUAGUCUACUUAAUACCUUACCAAAAAUAAAACUAUAGAAUUUAGUCCUAAACGGUGCAUUUAGUAAUCUCUGAAACCAUUUUAUGAUUUAAAUAAUUUUAUUAAUUAAAAUGUUUUAUUAUUUUUACAACAAAAAGGGCAUUUUAUAAGUAUUAACCGUGAAUUACAAAUCUAUUAGACGAAAGAAUGUGACCUCAAGUUUCUUGCCCUUUCUGUUAUGGUAAUAUUAAUAAAGAUAUGAAACUGAAAUUUUAGUCACAGGCUGAUAGAAAAUAUACUGUGGUGUGAAUCCUGGAUUAUUGUCGGAUGAGUGGAGUUGCCUCCCUUUACAUCUGGUAAGAUGAACCCCUUUGUUGCCAGACUACCUUGCUGAUCCGAUUGUCUGUAUAAUGAUAAUUGAGAUUUGUGUUCUGAUGUUAUUUAAAUUGUGUACAUGUUUGUUAUUAACCAUUAUUUGUAUAUUUUAAUUUUGUUAAAUGUAUUUUUUCUUAGAAAAUUUAGUUUAGUUGUAGUUUAGUUAUUUAAUUGUAACGAUCAUUAGUGAAAACAUCGUAAAUUUGAUUAAUUUCCAAUAUCUGGAAUAUCACUCGAACAAGAGAAAUAUUCUUGAAAUUACUCCUGUAGAAAAAUAUCCACAAUUUGUAAUGUCUUAGGUAAGGAACUCGAUCAAAAAAAAAUAAUAACGUCAUUUUAACAUUGAAGAAAAAGUGAAAAAAUUGGAUAUGGCUUGCUUCGAAUGAAAAGUACAUACCGGUACAUGAAUUAUUUAUUUUUAUUUCUGGGGAGGAGCAGUGCGAUCAAGAUUUGACUAGUCUUUAAACUGAAAUCUUUUUAACUACAGAAUUGGCUUUGUAGUUGGACUUCUUGGUAUUAGGAAGAGGAAGAUUUGGCUCAUAACAAAAAUUGCAUAUAUUAAUUUUUAGGAGGGGUGUCAUCACUGAGAUUUAAUUACAAAAUUGACUUGAUUGUUGAAGAUGUUGUCAUGGAAAUGAAGCGGAGGAUGUAAUUUAGAUAAUGGAAUUGUCUAUAAAUAAACAAUUUACUAUAGUAUAUCAGUAUUAAACCACGGAAAGUUAUUCAAAUAAUUUUACAAAUUAUUUCUUUUGUGAUGUGUUGAAAUAAAAUUUCAAUUUUAAAUCAAA